AGCUUCUAAUCAUUCCGUUGAAGAGAACAAAACGAAAAACUCUAGAAAAUGGCAAGAACCAAGCAGACGGCUCGUAAAUCCACCGGAGGCAAAGCCCCGAGGAAGCAGCUCGCCACCAAAGCCGCCCGUAAGAGCGCUCCAGCCACCGGCGGCGUCAAGAAGCCUCACCGCUACAGGCCCGGCACCGUGGCUCUGCGAGAGAUCCGUCGCUACCAGAAGUCCACCGAGCUGCUGAUCCGCAAGCUGCCCUUCCAGCGUCUGGUGCGAGAGAUCGCUCAGGACUUCAAGACGGACCUGCGCUUCCAGAGCUCCGCCGUCAUGGCCCUGCAGGAGUCCAGCGAGGCUUAUCUGGUCGGUCUGUUCGAGGACACCAACCUGUGCGCCAUCCACGCCAAGAGAGUCACCAUCAUGCCCAAAGACAUCCAGCUGGCCCGCCGCAUCCGUGGAGAGCGCGCUUAAACGCCUGAAUUCACAAAUCUAGAAACUCACCCCAAAGGCUCUUUUCAGAGCCACCAAAAUCGCACCGACAAAGAGAAUUUUCGCUUUAACGCCGAGUGUAACGAGUAAGCUAGCAACACUGCCUGUAUUCUUAUAAGGGCUUUUUGUCGGAGUUUUUUUUUAUUCGUUCAAUCGCUUUUAGUUUCCCGUGAUUACACACGAACAGGCAAAACGUAACAUUUUAAACUCCGGCGUUUCCCAACGAUUCCCUUUUCUGAGUAAAUAUAAAACAAAACCUUAUAUAAACAAUAUUUCUAAUGUAACUACGAGUGAGUAUUAUUCAGCCAAGUACAACUUCAUAAAUGUUAAGCUGACAAUUUAAAGACCCGACAUUACAGAAGGGGCUUCGCAAUAGCCAGGACUAGGUUUUAGUUUUUCAGACAUCGCAGCAGCUUUUAUUAAAAGGCCUUCGAAGAAAACGGGACUAGCUUUAAGCCACGUCUG